CGAAAGGCAGAUGGGGGCGGACAAGGCGCGCGAGGAGAGCGACCUCGUGCGCGUGCUCGAGCUGACCGAGGAGGCGGUCCGGCUCAAGCUCGCGCUUGGAGAUACGAUCCGCGAGGGCACCUUCGCGUUCUCCAGGCAGAGGUACGCUCGCGGGCCACACGCGGUGUCCGAGACGCAGUACGACCUGAACACGAUGCGGGCCACGACGAAGAUAAGCGCGACACCUCGCUCGAUCGACGGUCCAUCCGGCGUCUCGGCGCCCCGGUCCACGUCGUACACGUUUAACGUGGUCGAGACGCCCUUCGAACCCGAGCCCGAGCCCGAACCCGAGCCCAAACCCGCGGCGAGGAGCGGCAAGGCGGACGACGACGGUCUGAGGCGUCGACCGAAGGUGAAGACCAACACCGAAAAGUUCCUGGAGAGGAUGGAGGCGUUGGGACUUAGGGACCAGCUCGCGGAGGUCCCGCGGGAGGCGGACCGCGACGACGGAAAAGACGACGACGCAUCACCGCCGCCCAUAGACAUCGACGCCAUUCGGCGCAAGCUCGGUCCGCGAAAGCCCAUACACUGGUUCGGCGGUUUGCCCAGCCCGGAGAUGCGGUCGGCGGAGGCGGCGUUUACGCGGUGCGUACAGCUGUGCGCACGGGUCGCGGAGGUUGAGUCGGAGCUUCGAGCGUUGACGGCGAGAGCACGGGUGGACGCGGUCCAGCUCCACGAGGUCGGAGAUCCAUCAUAGAUUGACGUAGCAUAUCAGCGUAGGCACGUAGAACCACCCGAGUGAAUCUCACCAGGAAAUUCACCCGCGACGGAAUUUUUUGCCCGUUGGGUGUUAGCCCGAAA